CCGAGGAGGAGACGAUUGGGAACUAGUAGACAAACUUUACACUUAAACUUGGAGAUGGGACAUGGUCUGCCCACCCCUAACUGACAAGAGAGAUCGUAAGAGUGAAUCAUGGAGAGAGAUAGUCAUAAAGAACUAGGUUGUUCUUAUUCAUACUCAAACACUGAGACAUGGAAGGCAGACCGCUUUCUGUAUCACCACUUUAGAAAGCGAGUCACACCGAAGAAAACCACAUUUAAACACCUAAUAUUGUUUUAAAACACCAAGGAAAUCACAUCAGCAAUUCUUUAUCAAUAGCAUAUACUAACAUCACGUUUUUAGUUGGGUCUUCCAAAUGGUGCUAUCAUGAACUGUGCUGAUAACACCGGUGCCAGAAACCUUUACAUCUUGGCUGUUAAGGGUUUCGGUGCUAGAUUGAACAGACUUCCAGCUGCCUCCCUUGGUGACAUGGUCAUGGCCACCGUCAAGAAGGGUAAGCCAGAGUUGAGAAAGAAGGUUAUGCCAGCCAUCGUUGUCCGUCAAUCCAAGGCUUGGAGAAGAAAGGAUGGUACUUUCCUCUACUUCGAAGACAAUGCUGGUGUUAUUGUCAACCCAAAGGGUGAAAUGAAGGGUUCUGCUAUCACCGGUCCAGUUGGUAAGGAGUGUGCUGACUUGUGGCCACGUAUUGCUUCUAACUCUGGUGUUGUUGUUUAAAUCGGCGGAAUUGCUUUCUAUACAAAAUUUAAUGUCAUCGAAAACCACA